CGAGGCCAUACUUACCGGUUUUUGGCGGGAACUUCCAUAUCUCACACUGUGUCGAGAUUCAUCAUCUAUAUAAGUACCAGGGAUAUCCUGAAAUCUCGUUCAAACGCCGCGAAAAUGAAGUUGUUGAUCGUCUUGGCAGUUCUUUGCGCAGUGACCGUAUCAUGCGCGGUAAUCUCUGAAGAUGGAGGAAAGCAACGAGACAAACGACUGGUUGGUUUGGGACUGGGAGCAGGAAUCUUGGGAGCGAAAGCCUUGGGAGUAGGAGCUUUGGGAGUAGGAGCCCUGGGAGUGGGAGCUUUGGGAUUGGGAGCCGGAGUUGUAGGAGCUAAAGUUGUGGGAGCUAAAGUUCUGGGAGCGGGAAUUGUUGGAGCCGGUAUAGCCAAGUCAGUAGGCGGGUAUGGUCAUUAUGGAGGAGGUUAUGGAGGAGGCUAUGGAGGGGGAUACGGAGGAGGAUACGGAGGGUAUGGAGGAGGAUAUGACCAUUACCCAUCCCGUGUAGUUUACAUUGAGAAGGUAGGACAUGGUGGAGGCUAUGGAGGAGGCUACGGAGGAGGUUAUGGAGGAGGCUACGGAGGAGGCUACGGUGGAGGUUAUGGAGGAGGUUAUGGAGGAGGCUACGGAGGAGGGUAUGGAGGAGGUUAUGGAGGAGGUUAUGGAGGAGGUUUCAGUGUCGGCUACGGCUACGGCGGUGGCUACGGUGGUAGUUGG